AUGGCCGCCUCCACCAUGUCUGUCUGCUCUGACGCCUGCACCAACUCCUCCUGGCAGGUGGACGACUGCCCAGAGAGCUGCUGUGAGCCUACCUGCUGUGCCCCCACUCCCUGCCUGACCCUCCUCUGCACCCCAGUGAGCUGUGUGUCCAGCCCCUGCUGCCAAUCUGUCUGCUGCUCACCCUCAUGCUGCCAACAGUCUAGCUGCCAGCCAGCUUGCUGCACCUGCUCCCCCUGCCAGCCGUCCUGCUGUGUGACUCUUUGCUGCAAGCCUGUCUGCUGCACACCCAUCUGUUCUGGAUCCUCCUCAUGCUGCCAGCAGUCUAGCUGCCAGCCCUCCUGCUGUCAAUCCUCCUGCUGUGUGCCUGUCUGCUGCAAGCCUGUCUGCUGCAAGCCCUGCUCCAGCGUGUCCCUGCUCUGCCGCCCUGUGUGCAGACCUGCCUGCUGUGUGCCCACCUCCUCCUGCUGUGCCUCCUCCUGCCAGCCCAGCUGCUGCAAGCCCUGCUCCAGUGUGUCCCUGCUCUGUAGCCCUGUGUGCAGACCUGCCUGCUGUGUGCCCACCUCCUCCUGCUGUGCCUCCUCCUGCCAGCCCAGCUGCUGCAAGCCCUGCUCCAGUGUGUCCCUGCUCUGUAGCCCUGCCUGUUCCCGCCAGGCCUGCUGA